CUUUUACGGAUGACUGCGGGUGUCGGAUCGAUUCACUAGCUUCAAAGAUGAUAUAUCAAGAAUACUUUCCAAGCCACCAAGACUACUCGAGUUAAGAUGCUUCGCUCUCUGGUGUUCCUGCUCUCCGCAAUAGUCUCCUCCGUCUGGGGCUCCCUGCUUGCUACGAACGCGACCCUCGAUUCUCGAGCAGCCAACGCUCUGAGCUUCAAGUGGACGUCGAGUCAGGCACUCAUCUACCCCAAGAACGACAACAAGCAACUCGCGGCUUUGAAGGAUCCGUCUAUCAUUUACUAUAACGGGAAAUACCAUGUAUUUGCGAGUACAGCUGUAGAGGCAGGGUACAACUUGAUGUACCUCUCGUUCACAGACUUCAACCAAGCAGAGAACUCCAACUUUUACUACCUCGACCAGGCUCCCAUCGGCUCUGGCUACCGAGCAGCGCCACAGGUGUUCUACAUGAGCACCCAGAAGCUAUGGUACCUCAUCUACCAGGAUGGCAACGCUGCCUACUCGACCAACUCGGAUAUCAACAACCCCUCCGGGUGGUCAUCUCCCAAGCAUUUUUGGUCCAGCCAACCAAGUAUCAUCACCCAGAAUAUCGGUUCAGGCUAUUGGGUCGACAUGUGGGUCAUCUGCGACUCCUCCAACUGCUACCACUUCUCCUCAGACGACAACGGUCACCUCUACCGUGCCCAAACCUCCGUCGCCAACUUCCCUAACGGUUUCGGCCAGCCCGUUAUUGCUCUGUCGGCUGCUAAGAAUGAUUUGUUCGAGGCAUCCAAUGUGUACAAAGUUGGAAGCCAGUAUCUACUAAUCGUCGAGUGUAUUGGUAGUACUGGACAUCGAUACUUCCGUUCUUGGACUUCGAACAGUAUCGCAGGAUCUUGGACAGCGCUUCACGCUUCUGAAUCUGAUCCAUUUGCUGGGAAGAGCAACGUUCAGUUCAACGGAAAUGCUUGGACCGCUGAUAUCAGUCACGGAGAGGCCGUACGAACGAAUGUUGAUCAGACGAUGACGCUCCCGGAUUGUGGACCUCAGCAGUAUCUGUACCAGGGAUUGCCAAAUGGAGCCACUGGGUCGUACAAUUCGCUUCCUUGGAAGCUUGCGCUCUUGACUUCGACCACGUGUACCGGUGGAACGGCCCCUCCUUCGUCCACUACGACUGGUCAACCUUCGACGACGACUAAUCAAUCUCCGCCUACAGGAGGAUCAUGCUCCGUUGCACAAUGGGGACAAUGUGGCGGAAUCGGGUAUUCUGGCUGUACAACCUGUGCAUCGGGCUUUACGUGCAAGGCCCAGAAUGACUACUACUCGCAAUGUCUGUGAGCGGUUUAAUUCUCAUUGAGUUACUAUCGCUCUGUUCCGGUAUGAUAUUCCUAGGUACUUUGGUGUAUUCGGUGCUCCUUCGUCAAAAAACAAACGAUAACUGCCAGUUUGAGAAUAGAAAACACGCC